UCAAUGUGAACGAUCGUGGGGUAUGGUGUGCAAUCAAUCACACACCUAAUGGUGCAGUAUUAUAAAGUAAAAGUUCACAUUUCUCAUUGCAGCUGCUUCUAAACAACAACGGAGAACAAUGACACUACUAUCACUAUUUCUUGUGAUCGCUGCAUCCACACCGUUAUUCACGGCGGCAUGUCCCUCUUACUCUUCCAUCUUCAGCUUCGGUGAUUCCUUAGCCGACACCGGUAACCUGUAUUGCAGCUCCUCCAAACCUUCCAAUCACUGCUUCUUUCCUCCCUACGGCCAAACCUAUUUUCAUCAUCCAUCUAGUCGUUGCUCCGAUGGCCGCCUCAUCAUCGAUUUUAUCGCUGAGUCAUUGGGGAUUCCGAUGGUGAAACCGUAUUUAGGAAUAAAGAAUGGUGUAUUGGAAGAUAGUGCAGCAAAGGAUGGAGCGAAUUUUGCGGUUAUUGGAGCAACGGCUUUAGAAGUUAGUUAUUUUGAAGAGAGGGAUGUUCAUAACGUUGCUACCAAUUAUUCAUUAACGGUUCAGAUGAAUUGGUUCAAGGAACUUCUCUCUGCUCUAUGCAAUUCUUCAGAAAGCUGCCAUGAUACUCUUAAAAACUCAUUAUUUCUUGUGGGAGAGAUUGGAGGCAAUGAUUUCAACUAUCCCUUAUUUAUACGCAAGAGCAUAGAAGAGGUUAAAACAUACGUGCCAGAUGUAAUCAAUGCAAUAACUUCAUCAAUCAAUGAGUUGAUUGAUCUAGGGGCUCACACACUAUUGGUCCCGGGGAAUUUCCCACUAGGAUGCAAUGCAAUCUAUUUAACCAUUUACGAAACUAAUGAUAGUAACCAAUAUGACUCAUUUGGUUGUUUGAAGUGGUUAAACGAAUUUGCUAAAUUUUAUAACCAGAAGCUCCAAUAUGCGAUACAUAAACUUGGAGAAAUUCAUCCUCAUGCUAAUAUCAUCUAUGGCGAUUAUUACAAUGCUGCAUUGCCAUUAUACCACUAUCCAUCAAAAUUUGGUUUUCUAGGUCUCCGAACCUGUUGUGGGAUGGGAGGUUCAUAUAAUUACAAUAUUUCAGAACCUUGUGGCAAACCAGGCGUGAUUUCUUGUGAUGAUCCUUCUCAGUAUAUUGGGUGGGAUGGUAUUCAUUUGACUGAGACUGCAUAUAGAUUGAUUGCUGAUGGUAUCAUUAAUGGACCAUAUUUUCUCCCUCAAUUUAGUAACUUGUGCUCCAUGAAUUUAGCUAUGGAUAGGGAUAUGUAAAUAGCUAGAGUGUUUUACUGGUCACUCUUCCAGGACGCCACCAUAAAAUCACCUUUAUUUAUCUGGCUACGUUACUUUUUUCUUCUCCAAACUCUUAAAUGGCUAUAGGUUAUUCACAUUAAUGAAACUUAUCAAUUUAUUACAA